ACUAUCAAUUAUACACUGUACUCCUUCUGGACUCCUGUGUAAAGAAAGAUACCGCUUUGCCCUUUGGCUCUCUGCAUUGCGCACAGAGAGGUAGGCCAUCCAAAGCCAGAGGGAGCCUAAAAAUCCCAUAACCACUGCUACACCAUCCAAAACCAAAAACCCAAAAACCAAACCAAGUCCAAAAACCCAAAACUCUUUCAGCAGAAAUAGCUGAAAAGUCAUAUAAAGAUUCAAUCUUUACUGUCCAUUCUCACUUGGGUGCCUCUCAAUCCUCCCAAAACCUGAAAUGUUUUGAUCCAGAAGCAGAAAAAGCAAAUGGGUUUACUCUCAAAACCCUUCAUUUUCUUCCUCUACUUGCUUCUGUUCUCCAAUCUUGAGCUCAUCAUCCCAGUUGCUGAAUCUGCCACUGAUAUGACCUCCAUGGUGUACAAAGGUUGUGCAAAGCAGACCUUUUCAGAUCCAACUGGGGUUUACUCCCAAUCCCUCUCUGCCCUGUUUGGGUCUCUGGUUCAACAAUCCACCAAGGCCAAGUUUUUCAAGACCAACUCAGGCAGUGGCCAAACCACCAUCUCUGGUCUCUUUCAAUGCAGAGGUGACCUCAGCAACUCUGAUUGCUACAGCUGUGUGAGUAAACUCCCCCAAAUGGUUAACAGUCUCUGUGGCAAAACCAUUGCUGCUAGAGUUCAGCUAAUUGGUUGCUACAUGCUCUAUGAGAUUUCUGGGUUUGCCCAAAUUUCAGGGAUGGAAAUGUUGUACAAGACUUGUGGGGGAACAAACAUUGCAGGGUCUGGGUUUGAAGAGAGAAGGGACACUGCUUUCACUGUUUUGGAGAAUGGUGUGGUUAGUGGUCAUGGGUUUUAUACCACAAAUUACCAACAAGUCUAUGUCUUGGGUCAGUGUCAAGGAGAUGUGGGUGACUCAGAUUGUGGUGAGUGUAUGAAGAGUGCAGUGCAGAGAGCUCAAGUUGAAUGUGGGAGUUCCAUUUCAGGCCAAAUCUAUCUCCAUAAGUGCUUUGUGAGUUACAGUUACUAUCCAAAUGGGGUCCCCAGAAGGUCAUCUUCAUCUCAAUCAUCAUCAUCAUCCUCUUCAUCUUCAUCAGGGUCAAAUACAGGGAAGACAGUGGCUAUUAUUUUAGGAGGAGCAGCUGGAGUUGGAUUCCUAGUCAUAUUCUUGUUGUUUGCCAGAAAUUUGAUGAAGAAGCAUGAUGAUUAUUGAUAGGAGAAGAUGGGUUCUCACUUCACAAAGAGGCAACCUUCUUUAAAGGGAUACAUUGUGAUUAUUUAUGAAGCUGUACAUGUGAUAUGUAGAAGCAAUGAGUGCAGAAGAGAACAAACCCAACAAGUCCCACAUUUGAUACGUUGGAUACUAGAAUUUGAAAACAACACGGUCAGCAAUGGAUGUUACAUUAGAAGAGACUUUCUUCAGCUUCAGAAAUGAAUGGGGAUGAAAAGGGCCCCAAGGUGGAAUAGACUCUACAACUGGUGGUACUCCCUCAUUCGGUGGGAAAUCUUGCAUCAAACUGUUUGAAGAUUUUCUGUGCUGUAGAAGAUUCUAACUAAUAAUACAGUGGUAA